AUGUCACAGAGAGCAAAGAGGCCCAACCGAACUGAGGAUGCCCCUGUUCCUGCUAAAAGGCGCAAGCGGACGGCGGCCGAGGAAGAGGAGGCGGCCUCCCUGGCAGCGGCACAAGCGGCUCAAGGUCCUUGGCAGCCUCGUGCCAGCGACCUUAAGACUAUCUACAAUCGUACUACCACUGAGGCUCCAGCUGAACUCUUUCGGAAAGAUCUGAUUAGUGCUAUGAAACUUCCGGAUUCGGAACCACUGGCUCAGGACGAAUAUUGGGUCAUUGUUGAUCAGUGGAAACAGGAGUGGGAGCGCGGGGUGCAAGUACCUGUCAAUCCUGACUCGUUGCCGGAACCUUCCACUUCUGUAAUGGAAACUAGGCCAUAUAAAGUUAAUAAGGAAUUCAGACUGCCAAAAAACAAGUAUAUCCGAAUAACAAAAGAUGACACAUUUGACAGUGAAAUCCACGCCUUUUCCAAUGCCCCGGCCCAAUCCGAAGCAGCCUGUUCUUAUGAUUUAGACGAGUGCGACGUUGCCUGGCUCAAAAUCCUAAACGCAGAACGAGCUGCUUGCAACCUAAACCCGGUCUACGAAGAUCAACUAGAAAGAGUGAUAGAACGAUUAGAACUUUGUUGUUGGGAAAAAAUCCAAUCUAUAUUACGUAACGAAGAGGGCUUAGGCAUUGAAUUCGAUGAAAACGUAAUUUGUGAUGUAUGCAGGUCUCCAGAUUCGGAGGAUGGUAACGAAAUGGUUUUUUGCGACAGUUGUAAUAUAUGCGUGCAUCAGGCUUGUUAUGGAAUUACCAAAAUCCCUGAAGGUCAAUGGCUGUGCUGUACGUGUAACAUUGGCAAAAGGCCGGACUGUAUGUUGUGUCCAAACAAAGGGGGCGCGAUGAAAUCCACUCGGACAGGACAUAAAUGGGCUCAUGUAUCCUGCGCCCUCUGGAUACCGGAAGUUAGUAUAGGUUGCGUGGAAAAAAUGGAACCUAUCACAAAAAUAUCCAGUAUACCUUCCAGUAGAUGGGCCUUAAUUUGUGUUUUAUGUCGUGAACGACGAGGGGCUUGUAUACAGUGUUCAGUCAAAACGUGUAAAACCGCUUAUCACGUGACAUGUGCUUUUAAACAUGGUUUAGAAAUGAGGGCUAUUAUUGAAGAUGAAAACGCAGAUGAUGGAGUAAAAUUGAGGUCUUACUGUGAAAAACAUAGUAAGUCUGGCAAGAAAAGUGAAAAAAGUGUUUGUUCUGGAGGUUCUGAAGAGGAUGAUACAAAACGUAAAAAACGAAAAGACAUGACGAAUGAAGAAAAAAAUCAAGCUAGAGCGGCCAGGCUACAAGAAAUAGAAUCAGAAUUUUUCAAACAUGUUGCAAUAAAAGACAUAAACGUGCACAUAGAAGUAGAUCAAGAUGGAUUGCAAUAUAUUUAUAAUUAUUGGAAAUUGAAAAGAAAAGCUGGAAAUAAUAAGCCACUUUUGCCUCCAAAAUCUGAAGAUCUUGAUGUGCUGUCGCACAAAAGAGAACAAGCUGAUUUGGAGAAAAUGAAAAUGUUUGUCCAACUCAGACAAGAUUUGGAACGUGUUAGAAAUCUAUGUUAUAUGGUCAGCAGAAGGGAAAAACUGAGCCGAAGUUUCUUCAGAAUGCGGGAACAGACGUUUCAUAAACAAGCCACUGUGCUGUCUUCAUCAAAUACUCUACCUACAACAGUUAUUCAAGCCGUCAUUGAAGCUAAUCACGGACCGUCUAUUUAUGACCGUUUAUACUCUCACAAUGAAGCUGAAGAUCAUACAUCAGAUUUUGAUAUUCUUUUAGCUAGAAUAGCGGGUCUAAAAUCACCUACACAUUCAGGAGAUGAACAUAAAACGGAAUUAAAUGGAUUUUUACGUGACGUGAAAAAUAAUCCUUAUAAGAAAGUGUACUUUAAUGGGUCUUCCAAGCGCCGAAGUGCUAGUUUAUAUGGCAGUGGCCUUUCUAGCGCUAGUAGUAGCGACGAAAAACCAAAAGAUAAUAAAGAAAAUCACAUACAAAGUACUUCAGAGGAGGAAAAACCUCAAAUAAACAAGAAAAAAGCACCUUCUCUAACACCUCGAAGAAUCACUGCUAGAAAAAAACUCGUCACAGCAAGAGUUAAAGUUGAAAGCAGUAGUGAAGAGGAUGAAAAACCUUCUAUUACUUCACCAGCUAAAGAACCGUCAAGAUCACGUUUAGGUCAAAUCGCCAAUGAACUGGGAGAUACUGAAAGUGAAAGUGACGAGUUAGUACCAAUAAAAACUUCAAGAAAAACAAAUGACAAUCAAAAGAAAAUUAAUUCAAUUUACUCUGAUAGCGACACUUCAGAUGCCUCUAUGAAAAAUGAUGACAAAUCCUCGAAUGCCACAAACGAUUCACAGAGCAAACUAAGAACAAAAGCUGCUGUUAAAGAAUUUUCAAAUAAACCCAGUAGCAGUAAUAAACAACAAGAACAAGUUAAAAAGAAAGGGAAAAUUGAAAGAAAUAGAAAGAAAGAUUAUGUUCCAAAUGAUUUAAUAGUGCCCCAAAGACAAGCGGCUAAAAAAGCAUCAGAAAAUUUGAAGCUUACUAAUAGAUCUAAAGAGCAACAUCCGCAAGAAGAACAAAUAAUUAAACCUGAACCUGAAAAAGAUACCACUACCAAACCAACUAAACAUAAAGGUAAAGUAUCACACAAAGCCGAUAUUAUUAAAGAUAAAAAGGCAAGUGAAGCUGAAAUUCAGGAACUUCUGGCUUUUGUCCCCCAGAGACAAGCAGCCAAAAAGGCAGCUGAACAUAUUAAGAGUGGCAUGACAAAACCAACUGCAACUCCUCUUCCUGAAGCAACAGAAGUUUCUAACAAAAAUGAACCAACUAAAACUAAAAAAGACAUUGAAUCUAAUACAAAGUCGAAAACUGAAACAACAAUUAAACAACCGGCUAAAAUUCAAGAAACAAAACGAAAAUCAUCAGCAGCGCAUUCUUCAAGUAGUUCAUCCUCUUCCUCGAGUAGCUCAUCAGAUUCUAGUUCGUCUAGUUCUGAAAGCGAGCGCGAAGAAAAACCCAAACCGCAAUCGGAGAGCCAAGUAUCCUCUGGAGAAGCGGCUAAGCGGAGUAGUAACGCCAAGCAGGACUGGCCCUUUCUUGACAAGGGAGCCCGUCCAGCGGCGUCCUCCUCCUCUUCAGCCUCAGACUCGAGCGAUUCCAGUGCACCGUCAACGCCAAGGGCACAGUCACCUGCUAGAAAGCCCUCCCCGGUUGCGGCUAGAAAACCGUCCCCAGCGCCAACAACAAAGAAGUCACCUAGAAAAUCCUCCCCUGUUAAUGCCCGAAGAAAAUCUUCCCCUGUUAAUUCCAGAAGAAAAUCUUCCUCGUCGCCGACCAAAGCGGACAUUACCAAUAACGCCAAACGGGGCCGCAAACCGAGCGCCGACAAAAAGUUAUCACAAACGCCUCCUAAGAGAGAGGAACCACCCACACGAAGAGGCAGAGGAAGAGGGCGACCAUCACGCAACUCACAAUCCUCCGGUGAUCGGGUCGGAGAUGCUAAUGUCAGGCCAAGAAAUUUGUUUGAUGACAAACGUGUCAGUAUGGAAGACGAACCUGCCAAAAGAAAAGACUCCAGUAUCACUACACAUACCAUUGACAAACACAAAAAAGAGGCCCACGAGCCCAAUGUAUUCUCUUCGGUCAAUAAAAAGGACAAGAACUUAAAAGAAAAUACUUUGACUUUGGAACCGAAACAAAUUACUCCAGAACCAAGGAAAAUUGAUUUAGAACGUGAAAUUCGGGAAAGAAAAGCUGAUAAAGAAAAAGAUGGAAUUAAAACAUCAAAAUCCACUUUGGACCGAUUAUUUUCAAGCAAUAGGAAAUUCAAUGAACAUAAUUUGGAAAAAGAACAACCGCUAAAGGCUAUAGAUAAAAUUAAUAAAAAUACUAAAAAUCAUUCUAGAGAAGGAUCUGAAAAUAAUGAACCUUCUAAAACUGACUCGUUGAUAAUUAAAUCGCCAAAUAAAGAGCUAAAAGAACAAAUUGAGAAGAAAUUUGAAACAGUAACAGCCAAUAAAAAAUCACCAGCAAAAAUUAGGAGUAUAGAAGAACCCAACAGCGAUACUAAAGAGAAUAUUACUCAAAAUAAGAGUAUAAAAAUAAGUGAAGAAAUAUCAACUGCUGAUAAAAUUGUCGAUGAUCAUCUGCAGUCUCAAAAAUUACACGAAUUAAAUAAUGAAACUAAUUUAGUUUAUAAUAUGAACGAAUAUGAUCGUGAAACAACAAACGCCACACAAUCCUUAGAAGAUUUACAACCUAAAUUGCUAUUUUCACCACCAUCUCAAACUAAAGAACCAGAUAUUUUGGAUUUAGUAAAUUUCGAUGACAAUUUUGGAUUGAAAGACGAAAUUAUGUUGAAAGAUAAUAAUAUUCAAUUUUCUGCUUUCAAUAAUCCUCCAAUUAAAGAAGAUACUAAAGAAGACAGUGCUAGAGAAACAUUAAAUUUAGUAGAGAAAUUACGCAUGGGAAUGACUAUCAAGAAAUCCAGUGACGAUGCAACUACAAGUAGUCUAGAAAGUGAUAAAGGAGAGACUAACAUGGAGCAAGUUGUGCCUGAAACAACAAAAGCGACAGAAAUAUUUUCCCAACAUUUCUCAAAUAAUCACAUUGUCAAAGAUUUUCCUAGAAUAUCAACUAAUAAUGAAAAUCAAGAUAAUUCACUCCCUAAUAGCAAUAAACUAUAUAUUCAACAGCCUCAAGAGUUAAUUCAUGCAGCACCUAUGGACGGAGAUGAACGUUGGGUACCUCCUAGUCACCAAAACUAUCCAAACAUGCAACAAGCAGACAAUAAUUUUAUCAAUGAUGCUCAUUUUAUGCCCCCAGCAGCAAUCAUGGAUCCAAGAAUCUCACAAACUCCGAUGUCCUUAGAUGGUAUGCCAUGCCCUUCUCCUUAUCCAGAUAUACAUCCUCAAGCCAAAUGGGCUGAUAGUGCUGUCAUGCCUAGUCGGAGAUCAUCAUCUAGUUCAAGUUCUAGCUCUAGUACAAGUUCGAAAAGAGAUGAAGAGGAUAUUAUAAGCAAAAUGCCUCCUGCAGUUAAUAUUGUUGGAAAUCAUACAUCCUAUAUGCCUCCUCCAUACAAUCCAACCCCUCUGGAUAAUUUCGGCCCUCAGUUCCCCGAUCCAUCCUUUGUACCAGUAAGUUUAUUUCCACCUCCUAAUAUCAAUACCCAGGUUUCCUUUACUCCUUCUUCAGGUGUGUUUACUCCUACUGGUUCUUCAGGCGUGUUUCCUCCUCCGUUCGGAGCCCCUUUCCCUACUCUUUCUAUGUCCAAAUCUGUUGAGGAUUCGAUUCCGUAUUCGGCCGCUUUCACGUCAUCGCAACAUAAUAUGGCUCUCACGGCGGCAAUGGUUAAUAUUCCUACGCCCACUCCAAUGGUACAAGAACCACCUGUGAAAGUGCCUGAACCAGUCAUGAAGAUACCUGAACCGGUCAUGAAGGUGUCUGAGCCUGCUAUGGAAAUGCCAGAACCUGCUAUGAAGAUGCCCGAACCUGUUAUGAAGAUGCCUGAACCUGCAAUGGAACCUGCUGUUAAGAUGCCUGAAGCAGCUGUGAAGAUGUCAAAACCGGCUAUGAAUAUUCCAGAACCAACUAUGAAUAUUCCCGAACCAACUAUGAAUAUUCAUGAACCAGUUGUUUCAGCUAUAGGCGCUCCCGUUUCUUUAGCGCCCUGUCAGCAAGUUGUAGAAAACGUGUUGCCGUCUCCAGUAUUGAGCAAUGAAGCUACACCAACCAAUAGCACUUUGCCGUCACCUAGUAUGUCUGUUAAAAAUUUAGCAGGUAAAAAAUCUCCAAGUAAACCUACCAGAACAUCUGCCCGAGUAACCUCUCAAAUGAUGAACAAAUCUCCAGCGAAAAGUCCAGGCAAAAGCCCCCGCCAAGAAAUACCCCAGAAACCUGGUCCAGGUCGGGGUAGAGGUGAAGGUAAACGUGGUUCUAAUAAAUCCGGCGUUUCCAAAACUCAAGCCACCUCUCGUGGACGUGGAAGGGGCAAAGGCCGUGCAAGAGGCGCUGUGCAUCAUAAUGAUUACGACUAUAUGAUGGGGACAAACACUAUUAAUAAACUUAGAGGAACUGCUUAUGAAUUGGACUUUGACGACGAUUUAAGCAAUGAUAAUAUGGCAGACCUGAAAUCAAUGAGAGAAAGAAGGAGAUCGAUUGAUAUUCACGAGAAAAAAUACGAUUCAUUUUCAAGUCCACGUUCGCCGAAAUUUUCAAGUCCUAAAAAUCGAUUUAAUGCUGAUCUACGAGAUUUGAAACCACCAAGUCCCAUUGAAGAAAGUAAACCAACUAUUCCAAAUAAUAGUGCUGCAUUUCCUGAUGUUACUCCAGUGUUACCUGGUCCAGUUGAUAUGAGAACUUACUCUAGUACUUUUGAUCAGCCAAGCUAUAAUGAACAUAAUUUACUAAACGCAUUCGCUUCUGGAACAGCAGGGGCCAGGGUCAACGAGGAUUUAGAUGAAGAUUUUGAAAAAGAACUGCAUACAGCGUUGGCGUCUAAAAAAAUUGAAGAACUCCAAAUCCCAUCAGCAAUGGCGAGCAAUAACAGUAGCAAUAUUAAAGUGUCAUUAUCAGAUUCACGUAAUCAGCUCAAAGUUAAGAUCAAGGGACCAAUAGCUAAUUAUACUUCUACUGUAGCCCCCUUGCCACCUCCUAUAAUAGAAACAAAUAUUUCAAGUAUUUCUUCAAGUAAUACUGUUAUAAGUAACAUCACUCCUUCUGGAGGCACUUCGAGUUUAAGACGCAUGAGGAAAAAAGAAUUAUUAAGGCAAUAUUGGACUCAAGAUAUGAAUAUGGAUGAUCCUUCAAGCAAUUCUAGUUUUAUCGCUACUCCUACUAUAACACCAACAGUGAAUCGUACAAUAAUAACCAUCCCAAAAGCUGUGGCUUCAAUGACAAGUAUACCAACUAAAGAUGAUUACAGAGACUAUAGGACUGAUGAUUUUAUAGAAAACAAACACUUGAAAAAAUCUCGAGGCUUGGCUAGAGAACUCAAACAACUAGAUUUAUGUAUGGACGAUUUGAGUCAAAGAAGGCGAUGCUCUGUGGUCAAUAAUGUAGAUACAAAUAAACAUAAAAGCCGUGGAAAACCACCCAAACAAACAGCCCCUAAAUUAAAAAUCAAAAUUGGGGCUACUAAUAGUGUAGUUGCAGAAGAAAAAAUUGUGGAGGAAAAGAACUUACGGCCUCCAAAGAAGCGUUUAAGUAGUGCUAUUUCAAAGCCUUCCGUCGAAGACUUAAAAAGAGACAGCAUGAAGUUUAGAAAGCAAAUAAUGGCUGAUUUGAAAGUUAAAAAGAAAAAAGACAAACACAAAAAGAAAAGUAAAAAAUCAGCAGAAGUCCGAAUAAUAUCAGACGAAACGACAUCUACCAAACUUAUAAUACGUUUUGGAAAACCUAAAAGUGCAAGUGAAGUACGGACUAGUAAUAUUAGUGAAAUCAAUGAUAGGACUAAGAGCUCAAGUGAGCCUGUGAGUGUGAAAAUUGAGGAGGAAGAACCUCCAAAAUUAACGCCGAUUAAAUUAAAAAUAUCGCGUGGAGAAGGUGGCGGCGGUUACUUCACAAAACCGUCGCAAGAAGAUAAAUCCUCUCAACCAGGACAACCUCCACCUCCGCAACCAGCCGAACCAGACCCUUUAGAGAACUUCCCCAAUGCUCUUCAACAAGCUCCUCCUCCUUUACCUAUGAAUAAAGACUGUGAGGUUAGGUGA